GCCCCAUCAGUCAAAAAGGUCGUCACAGAGAAGAAGACCACUUCACUUAUGUCGGAGCUGUCUGCCUUUGUCUUCAACUCAACUCCGAUCUCCAUGUCUUUUCAACUUCAAGGAUAAGUUUAUGAAGGUCGCUCUUAAAUACAGGAACUUGACUGUUUUGUGGGUUUGAAUCUGUGUGAAUUCCUCUCAUGGAGAUUAGAUCUGAGCUCCGAAAGUUUUCCAGAAGUGGAAAGCGGAAAUGGGCAAUUCUGGUUGGGAUUUUGGCUCUAACUCAUAUCUCCUUGUUACUUUCAUAUGGAAGAUAUCUGUUGCCUGAUGGCAGAAGACUUAAACUACCCAAUGAGAACAAUACGUUGAUGAAUCCAUCACAAAACGCUCUUCUUAGGAACACACUUGCGGUUAACGUAUCUGAGGUUCCUGCAGGCCUGGAGAAAAAUGGGUAUGUUACAGGUUCUGGUCCAAGGAAUGAUUCAGAGGAUGAUGAAGGGUUUGUUGACAGUGUUGAUUUUGAAGGCUUUGAAGAUGCAAAGGACAGUGUCAUCAUCAAAGAAGUGGCUGUAAACAGUGACAGUCUAUUUCCUUCAGAGAAAGUGGUAAUGAAGAAUGAGGGACUUUUAACCAGUAAUCAUGGACAUCAGGAGCAAAACGUUUCAUUGCAAAGUCAGAAGAACGUGAAGAGCUCUAAGUUAAAUGCAGGCAACUCCAUAGCUGCUCCCGUUUUAGGAAAUAGUUCCUUGCCUGUUAGUAAGCAAGUGGGUAAGAAGAAGAAGAUGCGGUGUGAUCUUCCACCAAAAACUGUGACUACAAUAGAUGAGAUGAAUCGGAUUUUAGCAAGGCACCGUAGAUCUUCACGCGCAAUGCGACCGCGUUGGUCUUCGAGGAGAGAUGAGGAGAUAUUGGCUGCAAGGAAGGAGAUAGAAAAUGCUCCUGUUGUAACUAUUGACCGGGAACUGUACCCUCCAAUCUUCCGUAAUGUUUCCAUGUUCAAGAGGAGUUACGAACUUAUGGAACGGAUGCUCAAGGUUUAUGUAUAUAAGGAAGGAAACCGACCCAUUUUCCACACUCCGAUACUCAAGGGGUUGUAUGCAUCAGAGGGAUGGUUCAUGAAGCUGAUGGAAGCAAACAAGCAUUACACUGUAAAAGACCCAAGAAGGGCUCACUUAUACUAUAUGCCAUUUAGUGCACGAAUGCUAGAAUACACGCUUUAUGUCCGUAAUUCUCACAACCGAACUAACCUACGCCAGUUUCUUAAGGAAUACACUGAGCAAAUCGGUUCCAAGUACCCUUUCUUCAACAGAACCGGUGGAGCUGAUCAUUUUCUUGUCGCCUGUCAUGAUUGGGCACCAUAUGAGACGAGGCACCACAUGGAGCAUUGCAUUAAAGCUCUCUGCAAUGCAGACAUAACCGCAGGCUUCAAGAUUGGAAGAGACAUCUCACUCCCCGAAACAUAUGUCCGAGCUGCCAAAAACCCGCUUCGUGAUUUGGGUGGCAAACCUCCGUCUCAGAGACGGACCCUGGCUUUCUACGCUGGAAGCAUGCACGGUUACCUACGUCCGAUCCUGCUACAACACUGGAAAGACAAAGACCCGGAGAUGAAAAUCUUCGGGAGAAUGCCGCUUGGCGUGGCGAGCAAGAUGAAUUACAUCGAGCAGAUGAAAAACAGCAAGUUCUGCAUUUGUCCUAAAGGGUACGAGGUCAACAGCCCGAGGGUGGUUGAGUCUAUUUUCUACGAGUGUGUCCCUGUGAUUAUAUCUGACAACUUUGUGCCUCCUUUCUUUGAGGUUCUUGAUUGGAGCAUGUUCUCUGUCAUUGUUGCGGAGAAAGACAUCCCGAGGUUGAAAGAUAUUCUGUCGUCGAUACCGGAAGAGAAAUACGUAAAGAUGCAAAUGGCUGUGAGAAAGGCGCAAAGGCAUUUUCUGUGGCAUGCUAAACCGGAGAGAUACGAUUUAUUCCAUAUGGUUUUGCAUUCUAUUUGGUAUAACAGAGUGUUCCAAGCAAAGCGUAGAUGAUCCAAUGUGUGCUUGUCUCUUGUAUGGUGAAGAAAGAGUUAGACUUAGAUCCAAUGUGUGCUUGUCUUGUCUCUUGUGCGAGUAAUAGCUACAAUGUCGACUGUACCUUUGUAAAUAUUGGUUGACUUUUGAGUUGAAUAAAAAUCGAAGCUUGAAAUU